AUGACUUGCGCCCGUCAGAAAUUCAACGACAACAGCACAGCACAUCCAGACUUCCUCGAUUUUCUGCGAAGAACUCUUACUGCCUCCUCACUCGCGUCAUCGCCACAUUCAAUGCGCCACCUUGACGCCAGACGACUAAAGGCUAGAUCCAGUGCCAUUGUCAACAGUUCAACCACUCUGGCUAGAGCAUUACAUGGUGCCCGGUCUGCUUGGCAUAUCUCGGCAUGGAUGAUAAGCAGCGUAAUUGAGCGCGGGGUGUCGAGUUUACUAUGCAUCACACAGGGAAGCAUCAGGUCGGGCCCGCCGGCGUCUUGCGAAGUCUACGACGCCGAGGCCGUUGUAUUGCAAACUGGUAUUCAGGCUGUGUCUCAGAUCUGGGCGUUCAGCGAUAACCAGGCGUUCGUCGCAUCGGCUUCGGCGAGCUCGCACACGCUGCUGAGGGCAUGGCAGGCUCAUGCCGAGCAACAGGACGAUGAGCUGCACUUGCGAGAGUCCGAGGACGGCAUGGCAGACGUACUAGUGCACUCGCGUCGACCACACGCCUACCUCGCCUGGCCACGCGGCGUACGCGGCUGCUACCUGGCCGCCAAGACAGGACGCGGCGACUUUGCAGCCUACCACCGCCGGAGGCAUCGCAAGGACCGCAACAGGCAGCGACUCAGACUCAACGCCGUCAUCCAACGCUUCCUCCCUCAACAGUUUCCCACUGGGUUUUCCGAAGUUAAGGUGUGGUUGUGGCGUCGUUCUCGCUCUGCAGCUGCACAACAAUUCAACGGGCCUUAUGUCCACACAGUCAAUCGCUCUCACGCCGUCUACCUUAUGAUGACCGGAUUUCAUUGCUCCAAGACGUUGAUCAACCCAUCAUCAUCAUCUCUGCGGCUUCAUGCUUUCUCCGACAGCCAGGCCAUAGUCAAGUGCAUUUUAGCAGCACCAACGUGCUCCAGCCAGUGGUCACUACUCAAGCUGCAGGAAAAGGCACGCUCUUGCUUGGAAGCUGAUGGACGCAGCACUUUCCACCUGGAUGGGGUGCCAGGACAUGCGGAAGUGGCGGGCAAAGAGCUUGUGGACUCCCUGGCAAAGAAGUUUUACUAUGAACCUUCGGGGUGUAGGAAUGCUCGUACUCCCAAGCCAAGCGUAAAAUGA